AUGCCGCCGCACACGCGCACGACGCGCAGUUCGACAGAGGGCCCGGCGUGGUCACAGAGUUCUCCUGGACAGGCAACAGGGCAGCGCAGCAGUACAGAGCAGGAGGAACUGCAGGACCACCAGACCGAAAACAGUAAUAUAGUGGUAGUGGAGACAGAAGUGGAGAGGGAGGAGCGGCCGGAUGGCGAGAGCGACUCUACCACUGAAAGAGGUGUUGGGGGACAAACUGGAGCCUCAUCUCGUUCUGAUGAAGCAGCGGAGGGCAAUCAGGCACCAUGUGGGGGAGAGGCGACAGAUAUACUGUCAGUGGAAGAGUUGGUGGAGGAAGCGGUUAUCAACGUCAACGGACCGUGUGAAAAUCUUCCUAUGCUGCGUCCACAGGAGCUGAAAAUAAUAGGUCGCUGUGUUACGUUUGUGGGUGAGACAGCAGUGGGUAGUGAUAGGUUGCUUUUCCACUAUGAAGGAUUAGUAGGCAUGAUCACCAAAGAUACUGUAACGUUGCUGAAUGUCCGAAGAUUUACUGAUGAGGACUUCUUAAAACAUCAAGAAACACUUGGAGCGCUUCAUGAGGGAGGCCACAGGAACAAGGGAAACCAGCAAAACAACACUGACGCAGUUCAGCAGGAGUCUGCACGCGUUCAGCAGGACAUCACAGGUGGCGAUUCCGAAGAAUCUGACGAAGUAAUCGAUACCUAUGCCAGUGAGGAUGACACUAUCAGUAUCGACGACUAUCUCCGUGAGCCGCAGCCCACGCGUGAGAAUUCCGAAAAUCCCGCCGAUGAUACAUACGCAGCGCGUCACCGCCGCCUGAUGACAGCGGGGACGAUGGGGCCGGUGCCGUUUAUGACCUUCAUGCGCCGACGCAUUCAUAAUGUGGUAUUUGCACGUGAUCCGCCAGCGACGUUUUAUUCCUUAUUUCAGGACCCUGCAAAACGGCACUUUGACAUGCAAUGUCUCUGCAUGUUUGUUCGUCGCUACCUUGUGCACACUAGUCAGGGCAAUAAUCCGCGUAACAUAUAUCUCCGUCCCUUUGUUGCGUGGAGGUGCAACUGUAAAGAUAUCGACAAUGAGCUCCUCAUCAAAGUUGCUAAGCAGGAGUUGGCCUAUCUUCUUAAGACUGAGCGGGAAAUCGUGAAGGCGUUCGAACGUACCACACGCAAUAGACGAAAUGCUCUCACCACUUAUCAGCCACCUUCAGGGCUGUUUGGUGCAACAGGUAUUCUCUUUCUGACGCGUAUCCCAGCGCAGACGUUUUGUCUCGCAGUCCUCGAAAUGCUCGUGACAGUCUUAAUGCUUGGCUUCUCGGCAUACUCAUUUGCAGCGGCGCCACCUGUGGUCAUCUACACCUAUGUAAAGGACUAUACCUUUUCCGUGACGCUAGCUGGUAUUAUGAGCCUUUUGGCGAGCAGCACGUCGGUAUUCCAUUCAAUCAGAAUGCGGCUGCCACUAGUCUUCACUAUAUUCAGUGUCCUUCGUCUCGGAUUGGUAACAGUAGGGAUAGGCCUCAACAUGAUGGUUUUGAUUAUGAUAGGGAGAGCGGUAUCCUUUUCGCAGAUACGCGACUACCUCAAUGAGUUGGCGGGCAAAUCCAAUGAGCUGUGUCAUUACUACUCAAUUCAUAAUUGUACGGGGUAUGGUGAGGUGUGUGAGGUAGAGAGCACCGUACCCCUUUGCAUGUGGAAUUGGUGUCCUGUAUAUCACGGCAACACUUGUACUCAGGCCUUGUCUGCCAACUUCACACGCAUUUUCAUACCUAUUGUCGUCUUCUCCAUGGUGCUGGUUGCGAUGUUUGUAAUUGAUCACUUUAUGCACUACCGUCUAAUACAAGUGUCAAGACUGCUGAUGGCACAAAUGUAG